AUGUCUCAUGAAUCUCUAAUACCUUGUUGUAAAGAUUAUGUAUUUGAUUGGUGUUUAAAUGAUGAUGAUGUGAUUAAUAAACAUAUUAAUCAUGAAUUGCAAAGAUUACGACGAAAAGAUUUAUCUGAAAGAAAACUACUUCUAUUAGGAAAUGCUGAAGCGGGAAAAUCGACAUUUUUAAAACAAAUGAAAUUAAUUCAUGGUCAAGGUUUUAAAGAAGAAGAAAAACAUCGAAUUAUUCCAUUUAUUUAUAAACAAAUCAUUAUUGUUGUUCGAUGUAUUUGUCGAGCAAUGGAAAAUCUUCGAAUUAAUUUUGAAAAUACUAAAAAUGAAGAAUAUGCUCGUUUUUUAAAUUCAUCAAAUAGUAAUAUUCAUGAUUUUGAUCAUAUAUCAACAUUAUCAACUGACACAACUGAAGCGAUAAAACAUAUUUGGUCAGAUAAAGGUAUUCAAGUAUGUUAUAGUCGUCGACGAGAAUAUUCAUUAACAGAUUCAGCUAAAUAUUUUUUGGAUGAUAUCGAUAGAAUUUCUCAAGCAAACUUUAUACCGACUGAUGAUGACUUUUUAAGAGUACGAAUACCAACAACAGAUAUUGUUCAAGAAGAUUUUCAAUUUCCUAAUGCACGACUUCGAGUUAUUGAUGUUGGUGGACAAAGAACAGAACGUCGAAAAUGGAUUCAUUGUUUUGAUAAUGUAACAUCUAUCAUAUUUCUUGCAUCGCUUAUUGAAUAUGAUCAAAAUAUUGUAGAUGAACCAUCAGCACAGAACUUAAUGAAAGAAAGUGUAGCACUAUUUAGUGUUAUACUAUUAUCAGAUUAUUUUUAUAAUGCUUCAAUUAUACUUUUUCUCAAUAAGACUGAUCUAUUACCUGAGCGUCUUGCUAGUAAACCUCUUCGAUAUACAUAUCCUGAUUUUAUUGGUGCAGAUAAUGAUGUUGAAGCGGCAAAAGAAUUUAUUAAAAAUAAAUAUUUAGAAUUAGUUGAGCCAAGAUAUAGACACAUGGAAAAAAAUAUUUAUCCUCAUUAUACAUGUUCUGUUGAUAAAAAAAAUAUUCGAAUUGUUUUUGAAUCGGUUAGAGAUACUGUACUUGCACAUAAUCUUUACUAUUGGAGUUUGUAUUAA